GAGGAGGGCGGGGUCGGGCGCUGUGUGGCCAAGUCAGCGGACCUGCUAAGAUGCUGCUGGAUUUGUCCGAGGAGCACAAGGAGCACCUGGCCUUCCUGCCGCAAGUGGACAGCGCAGUGGUCGCCGAGUUCGGGAGGAUCGCUGUGGAGUUCCUCAGACGGGGAUCUAACCCGAAGAUCUACGAAGGCGCCGCCAGAAAACUCAAUGUGAGCAGUGACACUGUCCAGCAUGGUGUGGAAGGAUUAACCUAUCUCCUCACUGAGAGCUCAAAGCUUAUGAUUUCUGAACUGGAUUUCCAAGACUCUGUUUUUGUUCUGGGAUUCUCUGAAGAGCUGAACAGAUUAUUGCUUCAGCUUUAUCUGGACAACAGAAAGGAGAUCAGAACGAUUCUGAAUGAGCUGUCACCCAAUCUUCCCAGUUACCAUAGUCUUGAAUGGCGGCUAGAUGUGCAGCUUGCAAGCAGAAGUCUCCGGCAACAAAUUAAACCAGCAGUGACCAUAAAGCUGAACCUCGAUCAGAAUGGCGACCACAACACCCAUUUUCUGCAGACAGACCCAGCCACCCUGCUUCAUGUGGUGCAGCAGCUGGAGCAAGCGUUGGAGGAAAUGAAAACGAACCACUGCCGGAGAGUAGUCCGCAGCAUCAAGUAGCUCUAAGUUCACUUCCUCUCAGCUGGCAGCACAGGAGUCGCAGUAAUUCGUCUGGAUUUCAUGGAGUUUCUUUUCCUGUUCAAGAUGUUGAAAUCUUGAUCAAAAGCUAAAGUACAGUUCCUUUCUGGUGCUAAAUGCAGUCAACCUCUUGACAGAUUGAGAUACAUUUUCUAUUUUAAAUAUGUAAAUAGGAUGGACUCAGCUAAAAGGAAUCAGUAUUGUUCAUGUCUUCUGUUUAUAUGUAACUCUUUUGGCUUGGGUAUUUGUUGUCUGCUUUAUUUUGUCCUUGAUCAAAAUUUGAAAAUAAAAGUCACUGUUACUACUUAAAA